CACCUGACCGAAGCAAGAUGGCGGCGCCCAUUGCCAUGCAGGAUUUGUGAAUCUCGCCCAGGGUCUUGCUGAGAGCUCCCGGCUGGGAACGGACCGCCAGUGUCUCUGUGGCUGUGACUGUGGAGCACGCAGUACAACAUGUCUGAAAAAGAUCCUUUGUCAAGAAAGAAAGACCAACAGAUGUUAAAAGUAGACAUUGAGGCAUUUUUAAUGGAACGGUUUAACCGCCUCCCUGAGAAUGACCGGAAGAUGUUUAUAUACGGAUCUGUCUUCCUUGGCAUAAAUGGGGCUUUUUCUGGACUGAUAGCCAACAGCUUAUUCCGGAACAUUCUGCACGUUACACAGGCCCGAUUUCUAUCAAGUCUACCAAUGGCUGUUCUUCCCUUUCUGACUACAGUGGCUACCUAUGGUGGCCUGGUAUCUAAGCCUCUGCUUCAGGGUGACCUGAAUUGUUCUCUGUGCACUAUGGUUAGAGGUGGGCUGAUCGGAUCUGUGACAGGCGCUCUAUAUCCAAUACUCUUGGCCUUACCUGUUAAUGGGGGACUAGCUGCACGGUAUCAGACUUCACCCCUGCCUACUGAGGGGAAUGUUAUUCGUUUCUGGACAACCAUUUCGAAGCCAGUGCUGAGAAAAAUGAGUUUUGUCUUAAUUCUCCAAGGCAUGUUCGGUCUGUAUAUCAGUUCACGACAUUUUGCAAUAUAUGAAAAAAUGCUUCGUCUUCCCGCAAUAGACAUGGAAGCUGACACAGUUCCGCAAUAAGUUGUUUUGUUGUUGCAUAUCAGUGAGUGUGCUUGACUGCAUUUAUUUUUAAUAAACAAUCAUAAAACAGUA